GACGGUCUUUUUACCUUUUUUGACAAUCACAUUGCUUUAUUAAUCCUAAUUUCUACGAACAUCCCUAACAAUUAGGAACAAAAAGGGGCAUAUCUCUUGCUUUACCAUUGAUUAAAAAUGUCGACCCAUCUGUCCAACGACCCUAAUGCUACCCCAACAUCCGCCCCUAAUGCUGAAAACUCCACCCACCGCCAUGGGCGAUCAGACGACGACAACUGCAAUAGCAAUAGCAAUAGCAAUGCCAAUAUUGCUGCUUAUCCUGUGGCAGCAGCCGAGUACGAGGAAGUUGCUCAAAGUCCAGAGCUUUUCUGGAAAACGCUCGAGGCCUUUCACCGAUCCUUCGGUACCAAGUUCUCUGUACCUACCAUAGGAGGAAAGGCUCUAGAUUUGCACUGCCUUUUUGUGGAGGUUACAUCUCGUGGCGGCCUUGAAAAGGUUAUCAGAGAUCGCAGGUGGAAGGAAGUGAUUGUGGUUUUUAAUUUCCCACCAACAAUCACCAGUGCAUCAUUUGUCUUACGAAAAUAUUACCUGUCAUUGCUUUAUCACUUUGAGCAGGUCUAUUACUUCCACAAAAGAGCCCCUUCGAUUGCAAAUGCUGAUAUUAUGGGCAGGAGUCCAUCUUACAGAUCUGCCACCCCACAUGGCCUUGAGGAAGGUGCUGCAACGAACCAGUUAUCAGAAACUCCUACAUUACAGCCUGGGUGUUCAGUGACUGGAUUUAUAGAUGGAAAAUUCGAUAAUGGGUAUCUUGUUAGUGUGAAUUUGGGUUCAGAUGAGCUGAAAGGUGUCCUGUAUCACAUUCCUCAUGCAUUGCACAAGUCUGGGAGUUUCAAUACUUCUGUCGUGCCUCCUCACCGGAAGCGGAAGAGCUCUAAGCUAGCACUGAGGGAUCCCUCUCGGCCCAAGCCAAAUAGGAGUGGUUACACUUUUUUCUUUGCAGAGCAGUAUGCGAGGCUAAAGCCAUUGUUCCACGGGCAAGAGAAAGCUAUCAGCAAGAAGAUUGGGCUUCUCUGGAGCAAACUCACUGAGGCUGAAAAGCAGGUUUAUCAGGAGAAAGGGUUGAGGGACAAGGAGAGAUACCGGGCUGAAAUGUUGGAGUACAAGUCAACCAUUGAUUCAAGGCCUCAAUAGCCUACCAUAUUUUUUGAGGGUUUUCAAAGGGCAUAAUACCCAUUUUCAGUACAUCAUUCCGUGCGGUUUUUUUUUUGUUGCAGCUGUUUGGCCUGUACUUGUUUUUGGGGCUGGGGGUGCCAGUGGCGGCAGCAGAAGCUGUGGUGGUUGCGGCAGCAUCUUUUUCCUUAAAAACACUUUUGUUGCUGAAUGCCCAACCCAAUCCCUUCACACCCCCACGGCUGCUGCUAUGCCGGGGGUGGGGGGGUGUUUGGGUGGGGUUGAAGCUACUGGAGGGGAGGAGGAGGCGGGGGAGGCUUUCUGUCUGUAGAAUAUUAUUAUACAUUAUGGUUUUCAUUACAAAUUGACCUUUGCUGUAAGUAAAUGAGUGUUAGCAUUGUUGUUAAUUGUGGAGUGUGGACUGAAUACUAAUUUCCCCACCUUUUUUGUCA